AUAAAAAAAAAUACGAAGUAUAUUAAACACUCAUUGGCUUGGCACAAUCGGCACAAUACAAUACAACUCGAAUCUAUACAACUCGACUUUUUCUAAAUCCGUUUCAGACACGAUUUGUUCGAACACGAGACACAAAUGACCCGGCCCGUGCCUGGCUAUAGUAAGACGGAAUAGACUAGACUUGAUUAAAUUGAGCCCGGCCCGAUUUUAAACUUUUUGGGCGGGUUUAAAAAUGCGAUUUUAUGCAAUUUUAGUUGUUUUUUUGACCCGGUCCGAAAAUGACCCGAAAAGCCCACAUAACCCGACUAGUUUGGGACACAAUUUCCGGUCCAAAGCUUGGCCCAACCCGGCCCAAAGAAUGGGCUAAUUUUUUCCGACCUUGUCCCGAUCCGCCAAGGAUAACCUCUAGAAUAGACUGACUUCUGGAAGUGGAGAAAGGCAGAAAGCGGAUCGAAAUUACAAAUUCCUAGCACGCCCUCCCCCGCCACCAAGUCCACCACCAUCUUUAACCUCCAAAUGUCCAAAAAAUUCCUCCGAAAACCCCAGAAAAUGUACCAAAAUGUAAUCUUCCCAAGCAAUUUCCAGCAGACAAUUAGAAAAUUCUUUAUACCCUUUAUUGAAUUCCUAAAAGGGUACUUUGUAGGAGAGAGAAAAUGUUUUUUUUUGGGUUGUGGUCGAGAUUCUAAUUCCACACUCAAUGUGAUGGUACUCAAGAGACAAUUUGGUGAGGAGGCAAGUGACAAUUCAUCACUUAACAAUAGCUCCCAAAGCCCGCCAACAAAAACUCGGAAAGUUGCUAACUACGUAAUGAAGGAAGUGUCACUGCAAGAAAUUGCAACGCAAAUAUCGGCUAUAUUGGAACCUGCCCUUCGCAGGAUGGUGAAGGAGGAGGUGGAGCCCCUGAUAUAUUUCCUUCAGUCAUCUCCAAGACAUUCGCUUGGUAUCCAGCAAGAUUCAUUUCCUUUAAGAAGCUUGCAAUUGCUUUUUGUCAACAAAUUGCCUUGUACGCUCUUUACAAACAGUAAGAUUGAGGAUGAGGAGCAUAAUUCUCUUCAAAUAAAACUAGUUGAUGCAAAGUCAAAGAGCCUGAUCCAACAUGGUCCAUUCUCCUCUAUAAAGGUUGAGAUUUUUGCCCUUAAUGGUGAUUUUGCUGCUGAUGGGCGGGAAAAUUGGAGUGAGAGUGAAUUUAAUGAUAACAUUUUGCGUGAAAGAGAAGGUAAACGACCGUUACUGGUAGGAGAGACUUCCUUUUCACUUAUUGGGGGUCUUGGAACCAUUGGGAUCAUUACUUUUACAGAUAAUUCAAGCUGGGUGAGAAGUAGAAAGUUCAAGUUAGGGGUUCGAGUAGUGUCAAGAGCAUCUCAUGGUAUUGGCAUCAGGGAAGCAGUGAGUGAAGCUUUUAUGGUAUUGGACCAUCGUGGGGAAUCCUAUCAGAAGCACAAUACACCAUCCUUGGAUGAUCCAGUUUGGCGGUUAAAAAAAAUUUCAAAACAGGGGGCAUCACACAAGAAAUUGGAGAAAAAUGGAAUCAAGACAGUAAAAGAUUUCCUGAUGCAAUAUCACAUGAACUCAUCUUUUCUACGGAAUGUCCUUGGGAAAGGGGUUGCUAAUAGAACAUGGGACAUAAUGGUGAAGCAUGCUAAUGAAUGCCAUCUAAACAACACAUACUAUAGUUACUUUAAUGAAGCGGAGUCUGCUCAGCUCCUGUUCAACUGUGUCUACAAAGUCGUAGCUGUGAAGUUUGAAGGUCAAGAUUACCAGCCUGUCGAUACUCUUGAUAAUUGUCAAAAGGUUCUGGUGGAGAAGCUAAAGCCGUUUGCUUUCAUAAAUUUGAACCAGCUGGUUCCAGUUAACAAUCCAUCAGUUAUUUCUACUUCAAUGGAACCAACUGUUGAACAACAUGUCUUAUUUUCUACUCCAAAGCUGGAUUUACAGCAUGAUGCUCUUUCAUUUAUAGAUCAAGAUGAACCGGAUACGAAGUUGGAUAUUAAUCUUUCAGAUUCAGAAUCAUACCCCUGCACAAUUGAAGAUGGCUAUACAUUUGAAGUUGAAUCAGCAUCUCAGCGUAACCAACGGAUACAGGGGUUUACUCCAGGAACUUUCCUAAUGGGUGAUUACGGUGCUGAGCUCUCUGACAAAGCUUAUAACUGGCACCAAAACAGUUCACUGGCAACAUUUGCGCAAAACUGUCAGUUUGGAGAGCUUUCUCAUAUUCAAACCUCGCCCUUCUAUCCUCUUGCAACAAAUUGGGGCCAAGGGGACAACGUUUUAGCAACUCUAUCUCCUGCAACUCAUUUUGAUAUCCUCUCCCAGCUUCCUGAUCUUAGUGGUGCUAUCUCAGGCUCUGGAAAGUCUAGGGCGGGCUGGUGUAAGAUUCGAGCUGCUGUUAUGUGGAAUAUUGUUAGAAGAAAUGCUGCUGCUAGAAGGAAAGCAAAAUUUCCUUUCGGCUAUCAUUAAUACAGACGCUGCCACACUGCUCAUACUCCGAACUCUGAAAUUGCUAGGUAUAGUUAGGGCUGCGGCUCCCAUAGAAAAGGGUGGCGUUAAGUCGAAAUACAUUGUGACUGUAUAAUUAAAAAAUGUAUAGAAGGCAGAAUUGCCAUCUAUUCCUAUAAGUGGAUUUUGUAUGAUGUGAAUAAGCCUUCUAGUUGCUGCUUUUUGUGUGUGUCCUGUGGAAAAAUGUAUACUUGUUGGGCAUUGUCAGUGAAUCACUAAUUGUAAAUGUGAUGGUACUUUUAAGGAAUAUAAAGUUACUUGUUA